AGAUCUCGGGCUUCCCUGGCGGACCAGAACCCGGCCGCUUGCCUCCUACCGUCGAGGCCACGCCUCGCCCGGCCGGGCCCCGAUUUCUUGACUGACUGACCGGGCCCUGACUGACGGACGGGGGGGCCGUGUGACUGACACGGGCCGGAAGGACAGACUUCCACGCAUGGCGCGUGGCAGGAGCAGGCGCUGGCUGUGCUCACAGGUGGACCUGCCCCACGUAGAGUGCAAGGACCCGGAGCCACAGCCGCUGGGGGACAGCAAGGAGCGGCAGCAGGACGAGGAGAGCCGCGAAGAGGAAGCCGGUCGGGGGCCAGCCAGAAGUCAGGUUUCUAGCCCCUCUAUCGCCACCUCCAGUGCCAACCGCCAGCUGAUGAUGCUAGAAGGGAAGUCAGGACCCUACUUUUCCUCUCUGGACUCGAGCAUCGACAUCCUGAAGAAGAGGGCCCAGGACCUGAUUGAAAACAUCAACGAGAGCAGGCAGAAGGACCAUGCACUCAUGACCAACUUCAGGGACAGCCUCAAGAUCAAGGUUUCAGACCUGACAGAGAAGCUAGAAGAGAGGAUGUAUCAGAUUUACAAUCACCACAACAAGAUCAUUCAGGAAAAGCUCCAAGAGUUCACCCAGAAAAUGGCAAAGAUCAGCCAUUUGGAGACGGAGCUCAAACAAGUGUGCCACACCGUGGAGACCGUGUACAAAGAUCUGUGCAUCCAGCCUGAGGCUAUUACUGCGGAAGAAGAACAAACCCACAGAGAUGGUGAGAGCUGACAGCUUCUGGGAGAGUCCCCUCUUAGGCUCAGAGGCCACCAUUCAGGCCAUGCUGAGAAAAUUGUUUUUCACAGUUCUGUAAGGCAUCUUGGCAAAAAAUGAAAUAAAAUAAAAUAAUCCAAAAGUC